CGCUAGGGAAGGUAAAGCGGUGACGGCUGCCGCGGGAGUGGAGGCUUCCCCAGUAGUGGUGGGGGACUCAGCACGAUAUUCUACAGUUGAGAAGAAUCAGACUUUACGAGGCAUUUUCUGUUUCAAAGGGACACGUUUAAUACUUCACCAUUGAAUAAAUGUAUGAAAGUUCCUUGUCAAGCCUUCUUCGUUCGGACCUUUGUUUUUCUGCUUACUGAAUAAUUUUUUUCAAAAGUUCGAUUUUUUUGGUGCCAUGUUCUGUGGCGUACAUCAAAAAAGGAGUUUGUCUUCAUGAAGAUUCCUAACAUUGGUAAUGUGAUGAAUAAAUUUGAGAUCCUUGGGGUUGUAGGUGAAGGAGCCUAUGGAGUUGUGCUUAAAUGCAGACACAAGGAAACACAUGAAAUUGUGGCAAUCAAGAAAUUCAAGGACAGUGAAGAAAAUGAAGAAGUCAAGGAAACGACUUUACGAGAGCUUAAAAUGCUUCGCACUCUCAAGCAGGAAAACAUUGUGGAACUGAAGGAAGCCUUUCGCCGGAGAGGGAAGCUGUACCUGGUGUUUGAAUAUGUUGAGAAAAAUAUGCUUGAAUUGCUGGAAGAAAUGCCAAAUGGAGUUCCACCUGAAAAAGUGAAAAGCUACAUCUACCAACUAAUCAAAGCUAUUCAUUGGUGCCACAAGAAUGACAUUGUCCAUAGAGAUAUAAAGCCUGAAAAUCUCUUAAUCAGCCACAAUGAUGUCCUGAAACUAUGUGACUUCGGUUUUGCUCGGAAUCUCUCAGAGGGCAAUAAUGCGAAUUACACAGAGUAUGUGGCUACAAGGUGGUACCGAUCGCCAGAGCUAUUACUCGGAGCUCCCUAUGGAAAGUCCGUAGACAUGUGGUCGGUGGGCUGUAUUCUUGGGGAGCUUAGUGAUGGACAGCCCUUAUUUCCUGGAGAAAGUGAAAUUGACCAACUCUUUACUAUUCAGAAGGUGCUAGGACCACUUCCAUCUGAGCAGAUGAAGCUCUUCUACAGUAAUCCUCGUUUCCAUGGGCUCCGGUUUCCGGCUGUUAACCAUCCUCAGUCAUUAGAGAGAAGAUACCUUGGAAUCUUAAAUAGUGUUUUACUUGACCUUAUGAAGAAUUUACUGAAGUUGGACCCAGCUGACAGAUAUUUGACAGAGCAGUGUUUGAAUCACCCUACAUUUCAAACCCAGAGACUUUUGGAUCGGUCUCCUUCAAGGUCAACGAAAAGGAAACCUUACCAUGUGGAAAGCAGCACACUGUCUAAUAGAAACCAAUCCAGCAAGGGUGCCGCUUUACAGACUCACCACAGAUCCAACAGCAAGGACAUUCAGAACCUGGGCGUGGGUCUGCCCCGGGCUGAUGAAGGCCUCCCAGCAAAUGAAAGCUUCCUGAAUGGAAACCUUGCCGGGGCUACUCUCAGUCCAAUGCAUACCAAGACCUACCAAGCAAGCACCCAGCCUGGGUCUUCCAGCAAAGAUCUCACAAACAACAACAUACCACACCUUCUCAGCCCAAAAGAAGCCAAGUCCAAAACAGAGUUUGACUUCAAUAUCGACCCAAAGCCUUCAGAAGGUCCAGGCACUAAGUACCUCAAGUCCAGCAGCAGAUCUCAACAGAACAGGCACUCAUUCAUGGAAAGCUCCCAGAGUAAAGCCGGGACGCUGCAGCCUAGUGAGAAGCAAAGUCGGCACAGCUAUAUCGACACCAUUCCCCAGUCCUCCAGGAGUCCGUCUUACAGGACGAAGGCCAAAAGCCAUGGGGCGUUGAGUGACUCCAAGUCUGUGAGCAACCUUUCAGAAGCCAGAGCCCAAAUCACAGAGACUAAUACCAGUAGAUACUUCCCAUCCAGUUGCUUGGACUUGAACUCUCCCACCAGCCCAACCCCCACCAGGCACAGUGACACGAGAACUUUGCUCAGCCCUUCCGGUAGAAAUAACCGAAAUGAGGGCACUCUGGACUCACGCCGAACUACUACCAGACACUCGAAAACCAUGGAAGAGUUGAAGCUGCCUGAACACAUGGACAGCAGCCAUUCACACUCGCUGUCCGCGCCUCAUGAGUCGUUUUCUUACGGGCUAGGCUACACCAGCCCCUUCUCCUCUCAGCAGCGCCCCCACAGGCAUUCCAUGUACGUGACCCGGGACAAAGUGAGAGCUAAAGGCCUUGAUGGAAGCCUGAGCAUAGGGCAAGGCAUGGCGGCCAGAGCAAACAGCUUACAGCUCUUAUCACCCCAGCCUGGAGAACAGCUCCCUCCAGAGAUGACCGUGACGAGACCUUCUGUUAAAGAGUCCUCCAGAGAAGGCGCCACUUCAUUCCACACCCGUCAGAAGUCUGAGGGUGGAGUGUACCAUGACCCCCACUCUGAUGAUGGCACGGCUCCCAAAGAAAAUCGGCACCUGUACAAUGAUCCUGUCCCAAGGAGAGUUGGUAGCUUCUAUAGAGUGCCAUCUCCACGACCAGACAAUUCUUUCCAUGAAAAUAAUGUGUCCACCCGAGUUUCUUCUUUGCCAUCUGACAGCAGUUCUGGUACCAAUCAUUCAAAAAGACAACCAGGAUUUGAUCCAUGGAAAAGCCCCGAAAAUAUUAGUCAUUCUGACCAACUCAAAGAAAAGGAGAAGCAAGGUUUUUUCAGGUCAAUGAAAAAGAAAAAGAAGAAAUCUCAAACAGUACCCAACACUGAUGGUCCCGAUCUUCUGACCCUGCAGAAAGCCAUUCAUUCUUCUAGCACUGCAAGCAGCAGACCAAAGGAGUGGCGGCCAGAGAAGCUCGCAGAUCUACAGACCCCGAGCCAACCACUCAAAUCCCUUCGCAAGCUGUUGCAUCUCUCGUCAUCGACCAAUCACCCGGCUUCUUCAGAUCCUCGUUUCCAGCCCUUAACAGCUCAACAAACCAAAAAUUCCUUCUCAGAAAUUCGGAUUCACCCCCUGAGCCAGGCCUCUGGUGGGAGCAGCAACAUCCGGCAGGAGCCUACACCAAAGGGCAGGCCAGCCCUUCAGCUGCCAGGAUCUCCCCUCCUGAGGCAGGCCCUGAUGGAAGCACUCGACAUCAAGAUCCAGACGGACGAAGUGGUGUUCUUGGCAUUCCACGAGAGACUGAAACUGACCAACGACUGACUCCUGGAAGCCUGAGACUCGUCCUGCUGCCUUGAAUCUUUUCCUUCACACAACAGCCAGUUAACACAAUGACGUGGGCUUUGCUUUUCCUUUCUGAAAGUAUCCGUGGUGUUAGAAAAAAAACGCUACAAAGAGAACACUUAUGCCAAGAUAUAGUAGCAGGUUAGAACGUCAAGGUCAUGGCAACUCCAUAAGGGACCAAAUAGCCAAAGUAGGACCUUCUCAGCUUCUCAGGUGGUUGACUUAAUAUAGGCAAGCCUCAUGAACAAUACCUAUUCAAUUUCUUUUCUGUUUUUUUCUCCUGUAGUUUUAAUAUAUUUACUUAUUUGGGGAGGGGUUGAAGGGAGUGUGCCAGCGCACACAUGUGGAAAUCAGUGUAUAUCUGGAGGUCAGAGGACAACUCCAAGCAGCCUUCCUCUCCCGCCAUUGUGUGAGCCAUGGGCCCUCUUCAUUUAUUUUCGACAUAGUUUCUUAUGUAAUCCAGGUUGGCUUCAAACUCCCUCGAUAGCCCUGAGUACAGUCUUGAAAUAAUGAUCCUCCUGCACCUCCAGGGUGCUGGGAUCCUGAGCCCCAAAGGUCAAACCCAGGACUUUGUAUGUGCUAGGAAGGCCCCCUGCUGACAGAGCUGCAUCCCUAGCCCUCUGUCUACUUUCCAAGAAGCUUCUUUGGAAUGAAAUCCCAGGAGAUCUCAUAUCCCUAUGGGAAACGUUUUGGCUAACAAAUGUUGGGCUCACAAUGGUGAGGUCAGACACUAUAAGAAGGAAAGAGUGCUUACGGUAGCGUGGAUGAUGGUCAAGCCGACCAGGUAGGAGAAGGAAGGGACAGGGCUCUGAGGAAAACAGCAGAUCUACUCUUGGCAGGCCCCACCUGGCUUCCAACAAAGCCCCUUCCCCCUCAACAAGGCAGCUACUCACUUUAUCCGUGGUUAUACCUUCAAACAUGUUUCUGCAUCUAAGUGUAGCAGAUUGAAUUGUGGAUAAAGACUGCUUCUCAUAAAGCUUCCAUCUUUGGCAACUUAGAAGUCUAGACACUAGAGACAGCCCUUUGUUACCUCAGGAGAUUGUGGGGAGGGGGGUGGACUCACUUCCUGCUUUGCUUCCUCCUCCUCUAAAACCCUUGUGCUUGCUAGGAGAAACAGUGCCCACCUGCACCUUUUACCUGUGCCCCGGUGUGAUUCUUCCCCUUCGGGCAUAAGAAUGGAGAGUUCUGCUGCAGGAUUAGUCCAGGGUUCUCAAACUGUGGGUCUCAACCCCUUUGGGGGAUCAGACAGCCCUUUCACAGGGGUCGCAUAUCAGAUAUUUACAUUAUGAUUCA